GGUCUGCAGCAGCAGGAAGUAGGAGGUGGAAAACUCAGCUUUCUGCUUGUUGUUAUCUCAGCUGCAGGCAUUGCUGUUGCCAUAAUGGCCCAAAGGGCCUUACCGAAUCCCUUUGCAGACUACGACAAGUCUCUGGCUACGGGAUACUUUGACUCUUCAGGGCGGCUGACUCCUGAGUUCACUCAGCGUCUGAACAACAAGAUCAGGGAGCUGCUCCAGCAGAUGGAGAGAGGCCUGAAAUCUGCCGACCCCAGGGACUGCACUGCGUAUACUGGCUGGGCAGGCAUCGCCUUACUUUACCUACACCUGUAUGAUGUGUACGGAGACCCUUCCUACCUCCAGGUGGCACAGGAGUAUGUGAAGAAGAGCCUGAGCUGUCUCACAAAGCGCUCCAUCACCUUCUUGUGUGGGGAUGCAGGGCCUCUGGCAAUUGGUGCUGUAGUGUAUCUCAAGUUGCAACAUGAGAAGCAAGCAGAAGACUGCAUCACACGUUUGCUGCAUCUACACAAACUUGACGCACGAGUGCCUGAUGAACUGCUGUAUGGGCGCAUAGGAUACCUCUAUGCACUGGUCUUUGUGAACAAGCAUUUUGGAGAGGAAAAGAUCCCUCAGAGCCACAUUCAACAGGUCUCCGAAGCAGUUGUGGCAUCUGGUGAGAACCUGGCCAAAAGGAGGAACUUCACAGCAAAGAGCCCACUGAUGUAUGAGUGGUACCAGGAAUAUUACAUAGGGGCAGCCCAUGGCCUGGCAGGAAUUUAUUAUUAUCUCAUGCAGUCUGGUCUUGGUGUGAGCCAAGUGAAGUUACACAACACUGUCAAGCCCAGCAUGGAUUAUGUUUGCCAGCUGAAGUUCCCUUCAGGCAAUUACCCACCUUGUAUCGAUGACACCAGAGACCUGCUUGUCCACUGGUGCCACGGAGCACCUGGUGUGAUCUACAUGCUUGCACAGGCCUAUAAGGUGUUUGGUGACCAGCAAUACCUGAAUGAUGCCCUUCAGUGUGCAGAAGUGAUCUGGCAGUUUGGAUUGCUGAAGAAAGGGUAUGGGCUCUGCCAUGGGACAGCUGGCAAUGCCUAUGCCUUUCUGACACUAUACAACCUCACUCAGAACAUGAAAUACCUGUACAGGGCCUGCAAGUUUGCAGAGUGGUGUUUGAGCUAUGGGCAGCAUGGAUGCCGGACUCCAGACACACCCUUCUCUCUCUUUGAAGGAAUGGCUGGAACCAUUUAUUUUCUUGCUGAUAUCCUGGUGCCAACAAAAGCCAAGUUCCCAGCAUUUGAACUAUAAAGUCCUUCCACACAUUUCCCUGCAUGAAUCUUACUGUACUCCAUGGCAUUGGGACAAGUGGAGCAAACUUGCUCGUUCCUCUUUCCAAACUCAGCUCUUGCCUAACAGAGUAAACCAGUCCUGUUGCUGACAUUGUUUUUAUUCUUUUCCAUGCUGUGGUUUUUGCUUUGUUUAGUUAAAAAAAAUUCUUAGCUCUUGUUGUUGGCCUCUAAGCAGGGUGGGGGGAAGGGAAAUGUACAGUAUUUUGUUGGAUAUACAUACUCAGAGUUUUGCUAUCUUAUGUAUCCAGUUUCCAAGGAGGAGAAAACAUGUAUUGAAGGUAACUUUCUCCAAUCGAGUUUGUCAUGACUGUUAGUGAUGGAAGCUUAGAUAAUAUUGUCUUAGAGAGACAAAAGAUAAUGUGUUAAGACUGUUACCCUCUAAUUUGCCCCUAAAUAUGUCCAGUCCAGUUAUCCAGGGGGUCGGCAGUUCAUAGCUGAGGUGCUCUUUGGGUAGGUAAUUGUGAUGGACUACAGAAAUGAGAAGAGUGUUUAUUUCUGCUUCCCUAGCAGACUGCAGGUGUCACAGCUAUAACUGACAUGGCAAAGUCCUGUCUUAGACUCGCACCUUUUUGCUUUAUAAGCAAAGACUAUGUUUAGCUCUUUGUACUUAUUGUCAGUGACGAAUGGACAGAUGAGUAAUCCACAAGUUAUUGUGCUUAUCCACCUUACACUAACCUGUGCAGAAGUAGAUCCAUGAGUCACAGCAAGUUUCUGCUUAAAAGAAAGUUAAUCUAAUACCAAGGGUGAUUACUUCCUUAAUGCAUUAAUUUUGGGAAGCUUUUGCAGUUUAUUUAAAUUUCAGCGUAAUGUUAUAGGUCUUAGGUGGAAUCAGGCCUGUCAACAAAUGUUGCAGACAAGGAAUUGAUUCCAUUGUGUUUUGUCAGCAUCAAACCUAUUAUUUAUGUGGGUGCUGUUUACAGCUUUACAGGAUUGUUAUCCAUCUUAGUUCUUUAUCCACUUGCCUGAUAAGUUGGUACCUUAGUAACCUGGCUCACUUAUUGAACACUGUAGUCUGAUAUGUAAGUAAGAAUCCACCCAACCAAAAGUUGGAAAAUCUGCCUCAAAUUAGCAUUGUCCAGUCACUGAACAAGGUCCUUCGGUAAACUCCUGGUACGUGAGCAUUCUCCAUGAGUGGUGGGAAUUCUGGAGCCUGCUUGUAUGCAUUUCCAUUGGCUGCUGGAGGUGACCUUAUGGUCAUCACCUUACAAAGCCACAGUCCUGAAGAAGGAGGAAAGUGGUUUUGUUCUCUCAGACUGCUGGCAGUGAGUAGCUAGAAUUGCUACUAGUACCUAACUCUGCAGUUGUCAUACAGUAUGUCUGCACAAAAAUCAGAAAGGUGAGUGCAGCCCACGGAGGCACACCUUUGCUGCACUUAAUGUACAGUAGCAAAACCAUGGCAGCACAGGCUUCCAGGGGAGCUUCUCUUUCCCACGCUGAGACCCAUGCUAUCACAGGAUUGCUACUCAGGGUGCCCAAGCUAGCCAGAUGCCAGCCAGCUCACCUGCACUGAAACAUGCCACAGUCAACUGAAAGAUCCGUAAACAACCAAAUUGCUUGAGCUAAUAGUAAACCAUGUUCCACACAGAUUCCUUCAGCACCACAGGCAAGCCUCACAGUGUCAUUGACAUUCUUUCUUACAAAGGGAUUCAGCACUAAUUGUGCAGACAAUUAAUUAAAACACAAUGAAGCUAAUCUGCUUUUGGCUAGGUGUCCCUGCUGAAAGCAUCCUUGAUGACUUUGGACUAGCUAAGUCUCUUGCUGCUGCGUUUCUGAGCAUUACACGCUAGACUGAGUGACCAUAAAGAAAGCAUGACCUCUGGGGAAGAGGAUUUGACUAAUCACAUAGUUGUAGGAAGCACUGUAAAUUAAGCCUAGCUGUAAAUUAACUUGCAUCUUGUCUGAAGUGGCAACUGAAUUGCCACUCUUGUUGGGACAUCUGGAUUUCUGCUGAAUGCAGUUUCUAUUAAUGAAAAAAAUUGUACACCCUAUUGCAUGGAGUGCUCCAGCUGCAUGUAUUCUACUGCGCUUGUACGUGUAUUAGUUGAGCACAGCUAGGGGCACAUUAUACAAUUGUUAGGUGGAAAGCUGUUUAAUAAAACACAAAAUAAACACA